AUGGAUGAUGAGGUGAAGGUCAUUCAUCAAUGUCAAGUGAGUCCUCCACAAGGUUCUCUUCCAUCUUCAAUCACAAUUCCAUUGAGUUACCUUGACCUUCCAUGGUUUCGCUGCCCCUAUAUGAAAAGAAUUUACUACUACAACUUCCCUCAUUCCACACAACACUUCCUUCAAACUUCACUCCCAAUUCUCAAAAACUCUCUUUCCCUCACUCUCCAACAUUUCUUCCCUUUCUCCUCUAAGACCGUUUUUCCUCCUAAACCAAAAACCCCUUACAUUCUCUACUCUCAAGGUGACUCCAUCUCAUUUACAAUAUGUGAAUCCAAAUCAAACUUCAACCACCUCAUAUCCAAUUCACCAAAAGAUCUUGCAAUUUCAAACCCUUUUGCUCCUUUAAUUCCAUCACCAAGUAUUUUACAAGAUGGCACAUUGUUGUUCCCAAUAUUGGCCAUUCAAAUCACUCUUUUUCCAAACUCUGGACUCACAAUUUGUCUCACUUUUAGACAUGAAAUUGCGGAUGGUAAAUCAUUUCAUCAUUUCAUUAAAUAUUGGUCCUUACUUUCAAGUGGAAACUUAGGAAAUUCAUCUCUUUCAUUACCGUUACACAAUAGAGACAUUAUUCAAGACACAAAAAAUCUUAAACAAAGUUUCUUAGAACAACUUUGGAAUUCUCCACCAAAAACAAUAGAAUCUACUAGUAGCAACAACAACAUGGUUCGUCAUAGAUUUAUAUUAACACAUCACCAAGUGGAAAAAUUGAAGAGAUGGAUCGUUACAAAAAGUAAAACUAUUGGUCUUGAAACACUUCAUUUGUCAACCUUUGUUGUUACAUGUUCUUUGUUUUGGGUAUCUAAGGUAAAAACACAAUCACAACAUGACACAAACAAAAGUAUAGUUGAUUGUGUUUUUGACAAUGAUUUUGAUGAUAAUUAUGGUUUUGGAUUUUUAAUGGAUUUGCGAGACCAUUUUAAGAUUUCAACAAAUUAUUUUGGAAAUUGUUUAGGCUCUUGUAUUGUGGCACUUCCAAAGAGGAAGUUAUCGGGAGAGAAUGGUAUAUGUGAAGCAGUUAAUUCUAUUGGAAUAGAAAUUAAGGGUUUGAUUGAUCCACUAAAAAGGGUUGAAGAUCUUAUGUUUUUGCAACGUAUUAGGGACUUGGAUAUUAAGUUUCAAAAUAUAACUUCUGUUGCAGCAUCACCAAAGUUUAAUGUGUAUGAAACUAAUUUUGGAUGGGGGAAGCCUGUUUUGAGUGAAAUUCUUCAUGUGGAGAACUCAAGUACAUUUUGUCUUUCAAGUUCUAAAGAUGAAGAUCGUGGCAUUGAAGUUGGGAUGGUGUUAGAGGCAGCUCAGGUGAAGAAAUUUAGUGAUGUCCUAGAAGCUCAACUUAGAGAUAUUGUGGGACUUGAUGAAAUUAUUUCAAGGGGUAAAUAG